GUGGUUGGUUUAACUUUGGAUCUCACCUAUGGUUCUCUUUACUGGCUUGUGCAAGAUAGUCUAUGCCUAAGCCUAUACAGAGUUUCUCUUUGCAAAGAAGGCUGUGGUAAUGGCAUUGUCACAGCAUUUGCAUCGUGGAGUACUUCAGAAAUAUCUCAGGGUACAUUGGAUUACUGCAGUGGUCGUCUGUUUUGGAUUAAUAGUCUUCAGUUUAUUACAACUCAGGAGGUCCAUCAGAGCCUUAGCAUUCCCUUCUCACAACCAGCAGAGUUUGCAGCCUUUACCCUUGUGCACACAUCACUUAAACCUUUGCCAGGAAAAUUUUAUUUUACACCAAAAGUGAUUCCAGAUUCAGUGCCAGAGUCUUCCUUCAGGAUUAAAGGAAAUUCUUCAAGUUUUCACAUCACUUGGAGUCCUUCCACAAAUGCAGAAUGGGGAAGUGUCUUUUACUGUGUGGGAUCAAAAGCUCUACAAGUGAGGACUUUGGAGAGUGAACAGUGCCUCUAUCCCCAUAAUCUGACAGUGCCAACCUAUGGAGUUGAUUCGCUAGAACCAUUUGCACUCUUUGAUUUUAAUGUCACUCCAUACACAUACUGGGGCAAGGCACCAACAACAUCUCUAUUUCUUCGAGCUCCUGAAGGAGUUCCUUCAGCCUCUAUGAACCCUAGAAUAUAUGUGUUGCGACAUAACCUACAUAAAAGUGAAGAGAAAGUCCUUGUGGAGUUCAGGUGGGACAGGCCUGAAAGGGACAAUGGAGUAUUAAUGCAGCUCAGAGUUUACUAUCGUCAGAAUGGCACUGCUGACGCUUUCACAGAGUGGAACACAAGCAACAUAAAACCAAUCCUGAUGCUCUUUUCUCUCAGGGAUGUGCUUCCUAGCCUCACUGUAAGGUUUCAGGUGCAAGCCUUCACCUCUGUGGCUCCAGGACCUUUGUCUGCUGUAGCAGAGAGGAAUUCAUCAGAUCUCUUCCCUGUCCCAACUCUUAUAACUGUUUCUGACAACAAGUUGUUUCUUACUGACAUAGACAAUAAUCAUACCAUAUGGGAACUUUCAGCAAAGACAAAUGUAAAGGACAUCUGUUAUACUGCUAAUGAUGACAAUCUGUACUAUAUUGUAGAAGAUUCUCUUAUUCUUCUGAAUAUACAGACUACUUCAAAGUUUCAGUUUUUCAAAGAUGCAUAUCUUCACAACACCAUAGCCAUCACAGUUGACUGGAUUGCAAGACGCCUCUUUGUUGCCCUGAAAAUGCCAUGGAAUGAAACUCAAAUAUUUGUUAUUGAUCUUGAGCGCAAGAUAAAAUCUCUAAAAGCAUUGAACAUACAGUUGGGUAAAAGUAAUUCAACAGUAUCAUCUCUGUUGUCAUAUCCUUUUUUAAGCCUCUUGUACUGGAUGGAAGAGCUUGAUUAUGGCAGCUGCAUGUUUUAUUAUGAUAUUCUGAGUAACAUCAUGCACCACAUUUUGGGAUACCUAUCAGUAGAAGAACAGAGGAGGAACUACUGCACUUGUAACAUGGCAGAUGCAGAGCCUGGAAGACCCGUGAGUAUUGAUUUGUCUGAUUCCAAGAAUCCCUAGCUGCUGUCUAUUAGAGGAAGAGAUGAAAUAUGGGCCUCAGAUGUGGAUGGUUGCCACUGCUGGAGAAUUACCAAAAUACCAAGUUUUCAAGGUAAGAAAAUUGGCAGCUUGACUGUAGAUAAGAAAUUUAUAUUCUGGAGCACUGAAACAAAGGAAUACACUGAAAUUUGGCUAACAAAUAAAGAAAGUAGAAGAAACUUUCUUCAGAAGAGAGCAAGUAAUGAGCUAAAAAUCUUAUCCUACAGCUCAGUGGUGUAAUGGUAUCCAGAUAAAAGAUGCCUGAUUCGUUUGCCAGACACUGAGAAACCUACUAUCCUUGAUAUGAUGAACACUAGUUUUACGUUAAGCUUGCCAUCUGUCACACCACAGCAGCUAUGUCCCAGCAUAUUGCAGCCUACGCCAACAUAUCUGGUAUUGCUCGGACAAAUGCCUAACAACCUCAGCAACUCAAGCUACCGUUUGUCUUCUCUACAGCAAAAAACAUUGGAAUUUCAGGGUCCUAUAGCCAUCAUAGACAACCUACAGCCAUUUUCAAGUUACGUCAUACAAGUUGCAGUGAAAAACUUCUAUUUAGAAGGAAAAGAGACAAUUGACACAACUCUAUAUGGAGUACCAGAGGCAGUUGAUUCCAUUAAAACAGUGGUUUUGCCUGACACCACUAUAAACAUAUCUUGGAGUGAACCUUUGAAGCCAAAUGGGCCUCUAGAAUCCAUCUGCUUUCAAAUCUCUGUUAAUUUAUUACGUCCUGUCCCAGAGACACCCUUGAGAAAAAGUGAAUUUCCCAAUGGGAUGCUUGCCUGGUCUGUCAGUGGGCUUCCAUCAGGAAGAAACAAUUUAUUCAAGGUUCUUGCUUUUCACCCCGAUGAGGAUUGGUUUUCCAAAAGUGCCCCUGUUAUUGCAAAAACUUUUGAGCCUCCACCUGCACCUGUCAACACAGUUCCCAGAAAUACCAGUUUCGAGCUAGAAUGGAGAGCUCCUCUGCAUGUCAAUGAAACCAGCUUCUGGUAAACGGCAAACAAAUGUGACUGGUUUUCUCCUGCAAGCACUACGUGCACAGCAGAUCUUGUUUACAUGUGCAGUCUCACAGGAACUCUUCCUUCAACGAGUUACUUUGUAGGAGUAACAGUAGUUUAUGUUACAGGAGUGAAAAGCACUUCCCCUUCAACAAGCUUUAAAACUACAGCUGGUGUUCCCAGUAAGCCAGGAGUUCCAAAAGGAGAAGAAGACACUAAAAACUCUGUACAGUGCAAAAAGGCUGAUGACAAUGGAAGCAACCUGACCUACUACCUCUUAGAAAGCAGGAAACAGUCUGACAACACCAACAAAGUGAAGUCCUUGUGGAAGGUAGUUUACAAUGGCUCCUGUACCAGUAUUUGCACAUGGAAGGCCAAGAACUUAGAAGGAACUUUCCAGUUCAGAGCAGCAGCUGCAGAUAUGCUGGGACUUGGUGAAUACAGUGACACAAGUAAGGAUAUGGUUUUGGGUGAAGAUACUAUUAUGUCCCCAGGCACCACCAUUGCCAUUGUUGCUGUGAUCAGAGUUGUUGUGCUGGGCUUGACUGUGGUCAUGCUGUUUGGUUUUGUAUGGCACCAAAGAUGGAAAUCCAGAAAACAGGCCUUGCCUGGACAGAUAGUGUUUGUCAAGGAGGAUAAAGAAUUAGCUGAACUCAGGGGGACAGCUGAGACAGUGGGACUAGCCAAUGCCUGUUAUGCUGUAAGCACUCUUCCUUCUCAAGCAGAGAUUGAAUCUUUGCCAGCUUUUCUUUGGGACAAACUGAACUUACACAAAUUGUUAGGAAGUGGAGCAUUUGGAGAGGUAUAUGAAGGGACUGCAGUAGAUAUCCUGGCAGAAGGAAGUGGAGAAUCCAAAGUAGCAGUCAAGACUUUGAAGAAGGGUGCCACAGACCGCAAGAAGAGUGAAUUCUUAAAGGAGGCACACUUAAUGAGUAAAUUCAAUCACCCCCACAUUCUGAAGUUACUUGGCAUGUGCCUGUUAAAUGAACCUCAGUACCUUAUGCUGGAGCUGAUGGAAGGAGGGGAUCUACUUAGCUAUUUACGAGGAGCCAGAAAGCAGAAGCUCCAGAGUCCCUUAUUGACAGUGACUGACCUCUUGGAUAUAUGUUUGGAUAUUUGCAAAGGCUGUGUCUAUUUAGAGAAAAUGCAUUUUAUACACACGGACGUGGCUGCUCCCAACUGCCUUGUGUGUGAGAAGAAAUAUGAGAGCUCCUCCCGGGUAGUAAAGAUUGGUGAUUUUGGACUCGCUAGAGAUAUCUAUAAAAAUUAUUAUUACAGGAAAAGAGAAGAAGGCCUAGUACCUGUCAGAUGGAUGGCUCCUGAAAGCCUCAUUGGUGGUAUCUUUACGAAUCACUCUGAUGUCUGGGCGUUUGGAGUCUUAGUGUGGGAAACAUUAACUUUGGUUCAACAGCCAUGUCCAGGUUUCUCCAGUACAGAAGUUUUACACCAUGUACGAUCAGGAGGAAGGCUGGAAUCUCCAAACAAUUGUCCUGAUGACCUAUGUGAUUUAAUGACAAGAUGCUGGGCCCAAGAACCUCACAACAGACCUACUUUCUCUUACAUUCAGGACAAACUGCAAGAGAUAAGACACUCUCCACUGUGUCUCAUCCACUACCUUGAAGACAAAGAGGCAGCAAUUGCAGUCAUCAACCAAGAGUUUGAAGAUAGUGAUGUUCCGUGUGCAGAUUUGGACAGUAUUCUUUCAGCCAUGCUAAUUGAAACAAGGGAUCAAGAGGGCUUAAAUUAUUUGGUAUUAGUCAAAGAAGGCAAUCAAGACGAAGGAAGCAUCAAUUCUGCUGAACU